AUGGUGGCAUUGCGAAAUAUCAUCUAUUUGAAUUCUAAAACCAAUAUCAUCUUCUGUAGAUGUGCUCAUGCUGACUAUGAAUACAAGUACGUAAUCCUUGGCGAUGGUGUGGCCGCUGGGUAUUCAGCUAGCGAGUUUGUUAAGCAAGGUGUCAAGAGAGGAGAGCUGGCAAUUAUCUCCAAAGAAGCAGUGGCUCCAUAUGAACGCCCCACACUUAGCAAGGAAUAUCUUCUCCCUGAGAAACCUGCUAGACUUCCAUAUUUCCACGUGUGUGUUGGAACAAGUGGAGAGAGACAGCAUCCUGAGUGGUACACAGAGAAAGGAAUAAAAUUGAUACUUAGCACAGAAAUUAUUCAAGUAGAUCUUGCUUCCAAGGCUCUUGUUAGUGCAUCUGGCCAAGUCUUCAGGUAUCAAACAUUGAUAAUUGCAACUGGUUCCACACCGGUAAGGUUGACAGAUUUGGGUGUACAAGGAACUGAUGCGAAAAAUAUCUUCUACUUGAGAGAAAUUGAUGAUGCUGAUGAAUUGAUUAAAGCAGUUAAAGCAAAGAAGAAGAGGAAGGCUGUGAUUGUUGGAGGAGGAUAUAUUGGUCUUGAGGUUAGUGCAGCUUUCCAAAGGAACAAUUUGGAUGUUACUAUGGUUUAUUUUGAGCCAUGGUGUGGGCCUUGGUUCUUCACUGCUGGUAUUGCUACUUUCUAUGAGGGUUAUUAUGCCAAUAAAAGAAUCAAAAUUAUUAAGGGAACAGUUGCUGCUGGAUUCACAAUUGACUCUAAUAGAGACGUCAAAGAAGUGACACUAAAGGAUGGCAGGGUGCUAGAAGCCGACAUUGUUUUUGUUGAUGUAGGAACUAGACCUCUCACAUCAUUAUUCGAGGGGCAGGUUGAAGAGGAGAAGGGUGGAAUAAAGACUGAUGCAUUUUUCCGGACAAGUUUUCCUAAUGUUUAUGCUGUAGGAGAUGUUGCUACUUUCCCUUUGAAAUUGUGCAAUGAGAUGAGAAGAGUUGAGCAUGUUGACCAUGCCUAUAAAUCAGCUGAGCAGGCUGUGAAGGCCAUCAAGGCAAGUGAGGAAGGCAAAACAAUUGAGGAAUAUGACUACCUCCCUUACUUUUUUUCUCGUUCUUUUGAUCUCUCAUGGAAGUUCUAUGGUAGCAAUGGUGGAAAGAGAUUACUGGUUGGAGACAAUGAUCCUGGAUCAGAAAAGCAUAAGUUUGGAACGUUUUGGAUAGAAAAGGGCAAGAUUAUUGGAGCUUUCCUUAUGAAUGGGACUUCUCAAGAAAAUGAGGCCAUUGCCAAAGUUGCUAGGGUCCAGCCUCCAGUUGAUUAUUUGGAUGUGCUGAAGAAGGAGCUGGGUUUUCCCUCUAAAGAAACAGACAGAGCUGGCAGGGCUGGUUAUGAAUUCAAGUAUGUGAUCCUUGGUGGUGGCAUGGCUGCUGGAUAUGCAGCUAGGGAAUUUGUUAAGCAAGGUAUUAAGCGAGGAGAGUUGGCAAUUAUCUCGAAAGAAGAUGUGGCUCCAUAUGAACGUCCCACACUUAGCAAGGAAUAUCUUCUCCCUGAGACACCUGCUAGACUUCCAUAUUUCCAUGUGUGUGUUGGAAGUGGAGGAGAAAGACAACUUCCUGAGUGGUACACAGACAAAGGAAUAAAAUUGAUCCUUAGCACAGAAAUUGUUCGGCUAGACCUUUCUUCCAAGGCACUUGUUAGUGCAUCUGGUGAAGUCUUCAGGUAUCAAACAUUGAUAAUUGCAACUGGUUGGCAAUGGAUCAGGUGGACAGAGUCAGGUGUGCAAGGAGCUGAUGCGAAAAAUAUCUUCUACUUGAAAGAAAUUGAUGAUGCUGAUAAGUUGGUUGAAGCAAUUCAGGAAAAGAAAAAUGGGAAGGCUGUGAUAAUUACAAGAAGUUAUAUUGGUCUUGAGGUUAGUGAAGCUUUUAAAAGGAACAAUUUUGACGUCAGCAUGGUUUUUUCUGAAGACUGGUUUAUUCGGUGGUUCAAUUCUGUAAUUGCUGCUUCCUAUCAUUCUUAUUAUAAAUCAAAAGGAAUCAAAAUUUUUGGAAGCGCUCAUGCAGUUGGGUUUAUGGCUAACGCUAGUGGAGAGGUCAAGGAAGUGAAACUAAAUGAUGGCACUGUGCUGGAAGCUGACAUUGUGAUUGUUAAUAUAGGAAUUAAAGCUAUUACAUCAUUACUUCAGGGUCAGUUUGAACAGCAGUUGGGAGGAAUAAAGACUGAUGCAUUUUUCAGGACAACUGUUCCUGAUGUUUAUGCUGUGGGAGAUGUGGCUACUUGCCCUUCGAAAUUGUACGGUAAUGAGAAUAUUUUAUGGGUUCCAGGAGUUGACCAUGCUCGCAAAUCAGCUGAGCAAGCUGUGAAGGCCAUCAAGGCAAGUGAGGAAGGCAACGCAAUUGAUGAAUAUGACUACCUCCCUCACAUUUAUUUUCGCUCCUUUGAUCUUUCAUGGCAUUUAUACGGUUUUCCUGAUGGCCAGUUGGUGAUGUCUGGAGAAAUGGAUCAUAUAUCACCCCUGCAUAAGUUAGGAGCAUACUGGAUCAAAAAUGGGAAGGUUGAGGGAACUUUCCUGCAGAAUGGGACUCCAGAAGAAAGCGAGGCCAUGGCCGAAGUUGCUAGGGUCCAGCCCCAAGUUUCUAAUUUGAAUGAACUGAAGGAGCAGGGUCUUUCCUUUGCAAGAAAAUUUUGA